GAGGAGCGACGAGCGCGAAUCGCACAAAUAAAGAAAGGCGACGCGGUCGCGAAUACAUCAUCGCCGGAGAGAGAUGAUUGAGAACCGAGCCGAGACUGAGCAGUACUGAGUACCAGAGGCCAGCCCCAGCGUUCAACUGCAUCGCUGGAUUUAACUCUUGAGAUUUGCUGAUAAUAUUUUCAAUGCCGUGGUCCUGAAAGUGGCUCACGAUGAAAAAAAGCCGCAGUGUCCAAGGUGUAACAUCGGCAGAUGAGAAGAAGGAUCCUUCUUUGUCACAAUUUCCCUCGGGCAGCACCCUCGCCGUAGAAGUGUGUAAAGUACAUCGGCGUUUUUCCGGCAACUUGCAACUGCCUCCGUUGUCAUGGCGACAGGCUGAGAAGGAGCAGGAAAGGGGAAGUUUGCUCUCCCCAGAGGAGGACCCAAUGACUCACGCCAGGCCAACAAGUCUACCUAUUGCUUCCCUCCCCCGGAUUGACAUUACAAAGGCUGACCCAAACAGCUUGGAGGGAGAGAAUGCAUCAUUGUGUUGUAGUCCGUCAGACCCGCAAGCAUCUCCGAGUUCAGGUCUGGUUCUUCAUCCCAACCUGGCAAGCCACGGCCAGCGUCGAGAGUCCUUCCUAUACCGCUCCGACAGCGACUAUGAAUUGUCACCAAAAUCCCUUUCUCGGAACUCUUCCAUCGUUGGAGAAUUCCAUGGAGAGGACUUGAUAGUAACUCCCUUUGCCCAGGUUCUGGCAAGCCUUCGGACUGUCAGGAAUAACUUCACAACAUUAACGAAUGUGCAAUGUGCAUCCAAUAAGAGAUCUCCUGCUUCAAAUCAGCCUCCUGUCACCAAAGUCUGUUUGUCUGAUGAGUCCUACCAGAAGCUUGCUAUGGAGACCAUGGAGGAGCUCGACUGGUGUCUGGACCAGUUGGAGACCAUCCAGACCUACCGCUCUGUCAGUGACAUGGCGUCCAAUAAGUUCAAAAGGAUGCUGAACCGGGAGCUGAGCCACCUGUCUGAGAUGAGUCGCUCUGGCAACCAAGUGUCAGAGUACAUCUCCAAUACCUUCCUAGACAAACAGAAUGAGCUAGAGCUCCCGUGUCCUGUUCCCAAGUCAAGAGAAAGAAAACGCAGGCAAGGCCAACAGCAACAGCAGCAAGGUGGCAUGAUGACUCAGAUUGGUGGGGUGAGAAAGGCCAGCUAUACACCUUGUAUCUCUGGAGGAACCAACAAUCGCUUUGGGGUGAAGACGGAUCAGGAAGAACUACUGUCAAAGGACCUGGAGGACAUCAAUAAAUGGGGACUGAAUAUCUUCAGGGUUGCAGAACACUCUCACAACCGGCCCCUCACAUGCAUCAUGUAUGCCAUCUUCCAGGAGCGAGACUUGAUGAGGACUUUCAAGAUUCCAACAGAUACAUUUGUGGCAUUCAUGCUCACACUGGAGAGCCACUACCACUCUGACGUGGCCUACCACAAUAGCCUGCAUGCCGCAGACGUCGCCCAGUCCACUCAUAUUCUACUAUCCACUCCAGCAUUGGACGCCGUCUUCACUGAUCUGGAAAUCCUGGCAGCCAUUUUUGCAGCGGCAAUUCAUGACGUGGAUCACCCGGGAGUGUCCAAUCAGUUCCUAAUCAACACAAACUCAGAACUGGCUCUGAUGUACAACGACGAGUCGGUACUGGAGAACCACCACCUGGCUGUGGGCUUCAAACUGCUCCAGCAAGACAACUGCGACAUAUUUCAAAACCUCGGCAAGAAACAGAGGCAGACACUGAGAAGAAUGGUCAUCGACAUGGUUUUGGCAACUGACAUGUCGAAACACAUGAGCCUACUGGCGGACCUCAAGACAAUGGUGGAGACCAAGAAGGUGACCAGCUCGGGAGUCCUUUUGUUGGACAACUACACAGACAGAAUGCAGGUUCUUCGUAAUAUGGUCCACUGUGCGGAUCUGAGCAAUCCCACCAAGCCUCUUGAUCUGUACCGGCAGUGGACCGACAGGAUAAUGGACGAGUUUUUUCACCAGGGAGAUAGGGAGAGAGAACGGGGUAUGGAGAUCAGCCCCAUGUGUGAUAAACACACAGCGUCGGUGGAGCGGACACAGGUGGGCUUCAUUGACUACAUCGUGCAUCCUCUAUGGGAGACGUGGGCCGACCUGGUCCACCCGGAUGCCCAGGACAUCCUGGAUAUGCUGGAGGACAAUAGGAACUGGUACCAGAGCAUGAUCCCCCAAAGUCCUUCCCCUCCCUUCUACUCCAAUGAAGGGGAUGUGGCACCGCACGGGGAGCUGGAGGGCGGUCCAGCCGCCACCAAGUUUCAUUUUGAGCUGACCCUGGACGAGCAGGAAAGGGACAAUAUGGCAAUGGAGACGUCAGCGUGCGACGGCGAGGCGCCCCGAGGUCACCACUCCCCGACGCAUGAUGAGACAUAGCGAGGCUAACAGUCAAUUGUAAGAGCGUAGCGCCUCUUUGGUAUUCAUUUGGUUGCAGUUGAGAAAUCCUGCAAUGCGUGGCUCUUUAGAGCUUUCUGGCUGAGAGGGCCUUACUGAAUGCUGGGCCCAUCUGCUGAUGAGCCUCGGAAACCCUGCGGCAGUUUGUUUUUCAAUCCUCCAGGAUGGAAGGUGGCGGACUUCUGUUGAAGCGCAGAAGCAAAGGACGGGAAGCGGACAAUAUUCAUUUUUUUCGUACACUGACAAGUGAAAAAUUCCCAAUUUGCACUUCAGGACAUGACUUCAAUGUAUUUACCAACACAAACUAUGUGUUGUGUUUGGAUUCAAUGUUCAACCAAGACUACUAGUCAGCAAUGUUCCCUCUAAUUUUUCAUGUGUCUGAGCAAACACACAAUCUCCCUGAGCACACUGCGGCCCACGGUGAGCAACAUCAGAUGUGUACCGUAUUUUUUGGACUAUAAGUCGCACCAGCCAAAAAAUGCGCAAUGAAAAGUUAAAAACAUAUAUGUCGCACCGGCGUAUAAAUAGCAUUUUGGGGGGGAAUUUAUUUGGUAUAACCCACCACCAAAAACAGACAUGUCAUUUUGAAAGGCAAAUUUAGAAUAAAAAUACAAUAGAGAACAACAGGCUGAAUAAGUGUACGGUAUGAUAACAUUACAUGACUCAUAAACAACGAACUGAGAACAUGCCUGGUAUGUCAAUGUAACAUAGCUAUUUAGAGUUAUUCAGAUAACUAUAGCAUAAAGAACAUGCUAACUAGCAACAAUGAUAUAAUAACGUGUGAAUAAGUUCACAUAUAAGUCGCUCCAGAAAAUAAGACGCACCCUCUGCCAAACUAAGAAAAAAACUGCGAUUUUCGUCCGAAAAAUACGGUACAUAGCGGCCACACACCAGUAUCAUGCCUUUUCACGCCUAUUAGCAUUUCUACUGCCCGUAAAUUAUACAGUAGUAAGAGCAUUUAAUGAUUAAUAUCCAUGAUUAAAAUAUCUUAAUAAAUGUCACUGGAAUACACACCAAUCUGACUUAAAUUGUACCUUAUUUUUCACGUCUUAAUAUAUAGGACUUGCAUUUGGUGUACUGAUAUGUCAGUGCUCUCAUCUACUAUCAGUGUAUGCCAGGGUGCAUUUUUAACACUGCACAUAGUCUCGUUCUCCACUAUAUCAUUGAUUGAGUUUACAAAUUCAAAGGCAUAGUUUUUACUUCGCCAGCUUUCUGGUAUACUCACAUACUUUGACAUGUGAUUGUGGAUUUGUUGAACUGACACCAAUGACGCAUUCAUUUCGAUGGUGAGUAAAAUAUUGUCAAUGAGAACUUCAACGUGCUCUGGGUCAGAUUUUGCUUUGUGGGACAGCUUGUUUCUCUUCUGUCGGUCUUUUGCUUUCUCCCACAAUAAUGUACCAAUCCCCUAUCGCAUCUUGAGUCUUUGUAAUUUUCAACAGCUUUCAAAUGACUUUUCUGCUGAAUAUGACGCUUGAGGUAGUCCAACUUCCAUUCAGUCCACAUUUUUCCCUCUGAAAACUCACUUGGUACUUUGGCUUCAGUUUCACCGCUUGUUCGUCUAUUUGCACAUGCUCCGACAGCCAUUCCUUCUUAUAUGGACCGCAUUUCAUUUUUACUUUGGCUUGGUGAGUGGAUGUGUCGCUGCCCGUUCGUUUCGCCAUGAUAAGGGGUUGGCCUUUACGUCUCUCAGCUCCGCCGCACUCACGCACUGUUGUCAGCUUGCUAACCUACACCGCGCGUGUAGGCUGGGCAAUACACAAGCAAUGUCAAUGCUAUGAUUGGCUGCGUAGCGGAAGUGAAUCUUAUCGUAUCAUUUGCUGGACACCUGUCACUCACCGAGUUACAACAUACGUUUCUGUUGAUUUUUUUUUGUGUGCGCAGCAUUGAAUUUCUUGUGCGCAGAGUAGGUGCCAGCAGUGCGCGAUUGCGCACGCGCGCAGCUUAGAGGGAACAUUGCUAGUCAGAUAGUUAAUUGUAACCAAGCUGUUUUUUCCUCUCUUAAAAAUGAAUGUGUGCCUUUGUUUGUUUGUUUUUUUACAAUGUUGUGUAAUUUUAUUAUUUUUUUAAUUUAUUGAACACAUUCAUGUAGCAGUCAAAUGUGUACCAUUUUCUACAGAAGUGAAAUGUUUGUCUCACGCGGUCUUCCUGAUAUUCCGGCAAUAGUGUGAGCUCGUUCUCAUUGAAGCAUUCAGUGGUUGCAUCAAAAUCACUUUGACUUCCCCGCACACUUUGCACUUCGUGGCCCAAAGUAUCCGUAAUUCACAAUCACAAGGACAACGAUCAACAUGUAAAACCAAAAUAAUGGAUGUUGAUUUUGCAUAAGCAAUUACUUAACUCAGUUUUUCAACUCCAAAGAUUUUGUCAUUUUGACGACUCCCUUAGCUUUGCUUCAAGCUGAGCUCUGACGUCAGUUUUAAAAUGCCAUUUCCCUUUCCGUUAAGUCAAACACUCACCUGUUAUGGUUAGCACCCUUCCAGUCCAUUAAAUUCACUUCAAACCAUGACUCAUUCUGAACAUGAAACGAGUAAAGGCACCUGUGUGCACAUUUUACGACAAAUUAGUGAUUUCAUAAUUGUAUCUUCACGUUUUUACUGCGGCACAUUGUCGACAGUUCUGCAGCUGUUUGUUGGUCUGUCAACACUACCUUAAAGGUACCACGUUGUCAAGUGCAAGCUUUAGUAAAAGAGCAGUUGGCCAUUAUGUCAUGGCAUGAGUCGCUUUCUCCAGUAUGUGCGCGCGCGUGUGGAAAACGAUCACAGAAUUGCACAGAAACAUGUUGCACCCAGCCGUGUAGUGCUGACCCUUCCGCUGUUUGUAACAGUGUAUUUAUUAUGUUGUACAGUAUACUAUUGAUAUUGGUUCAGAAUUGUCACUGUAUAUGUGUUAUUUAUAUGCACUACCACAUGUCAAAUCAGUUAAGACUGAUCUUGUCUGGUGGCUCCGUUUAAUUGUGCUCCGCUAUUUUGUUAUACAGUGAGACUAUAACAUGAUCUUAUGCAGUUCCAAUUUGAACUAUUUGAAAAGUACUGUACUUUUUGGGGUUUUAAGUAAGAGUGGUUUGGAUCCACCUCUUUUGGGGGGCAGAAUAUGUUUCGCUUUAAUGGAAGCUAUUGAUUUCAGGAUAAUGUGUACAGUGACAGGUCAUUGUACAGUUUGCAAUAUUCAUGGAAACCUAUUAAAUUUAUAUUUUCAAUGUUUACUUCACAGUGCUUAUAGUAAAACGGUAUAUGUUGUGCUCAACAAAUGUUUUCUAUGAGAUUAUUAAAAUGGGCAUGUAUUAACAUAUAACUUGCUCUGAUGUCUUUCUGGGUGGACUGGGGACAAGUUGUCAGGGAUCGUGGACGAGCAGGCAGGCGGGGACCAAAAGCAGGAAAAACGGGGAGGCAAGGCAGGUUGGUGUUGGUAACUCAAAAAAUGUUUUUAAUAGGGCUGGACAAAUUAUCGCGUUAACGGGCUCUAAUUAAUUUUUUAAAUUAGUCACGUUAAAAUAUUUGACGCAUUUAACGCACAUGCCCCGCUCAAACAGAUUAAAAUGACAGCACAGUGUCAUGUCCAUUUGUUACUUGUGUUUUUUGGUGUUUUGUCACCCUCUGCUGGCGCUUGGGUGCGACUGAUUUUAUGGGUUUCAGCACCAUGAGCACUGUGUAAUUAUUGACAUCAAUAAUGGCGAGCUACUAGUUUAUUUUUUGUUUGGAAAUUUUACAAAUUUUAUUAAAACAAAAACAUUAAGAGGGGUUAUAAUAUAAAAUUUCUAUAAUUUGUACUUACAUUUAUCUUUUAAGAACUACAAGUCUUUCUAGCCAUGGAUCGCUUUAACAGAAUUUUAAUAAUGUUAAUGCCAUCUUGUUGAUUUAUUGUUACAAUAAACAAAUACAGUACUUAUAUACAGUAUGUUGAAUGUAUAUAUCCAUCUUGUGUCUUAUCUUUCCAUUCCAACAAUAAUUUACAGAAAAAUAUGGUAUAUUUUAUAGAUGGUUUGAAUUGCGAUUAAUUACAAUUAAUUAAUUUUUAAGCUGUGAUUAACUCGAUUAAAAAUUUUAAAUUUUGACAGCCCUAGUUUUUAAAGUACAAUCAACAGCUUGGGAUAUAUACCAAACGACUGGGAAACAAACCCAAUUUAUGUAAGGACAGUGAGUCAGGAACACAGGUAACAUUGGACACUGACAUAGACGAUAACGCAACAAAAACUGACUACACAUGAGGAUCUUAAAUACAGACAUGGGAUAACAAGAAAAUGAGGCACAGGUGGGUGACACAAGAGGCAGCAGACUGGUCGACACACAAGAGGGCACAGCAAAUGUAAUCAUAGGUGGAGUUUGACUUUUUGGGCAGAGGGGGCACAAUAUGUUGAUGACCCCGAAACGCAGUGUCAGCAAUAAAAUUAACAAGAAUAUUUAUAGUAAUAAGUUGAAAAUGAGCGUUUUUUUUCCCCCAUCAUUCCUGAGGGGAGUUCUAAAUCAGGCUGCGUAGCACAGCUAUACUUUUCGCCAGGAUCGUCAUCCAUUGAAUAUGAUACGCCCCGCCCAUGUCGUCCCAAUGUAGUAACCCUGGUCAAAAAUUGUAUCCCCUGGGCGGAGCCACUGCGCUGCACCGAUUUGCUUGAUUUCAAUGUUUUGG